AUGUCUUUUGGAGGUCGUAAUAAGACUCCGUGUAAAUAUUUCCAACAGGGUCGGUGCAAGAAGGGAAAUAGCUGCAAUUUUGCCCACGUUUACGUGAACAACAACGGCAACGGUAAUGGUGGGAAUAACAGCGGUCUAGAUCGGUACCAGAACUUUAUAAAUGCCACGAAUCUGGGGAAAUACGCUAAGGAAGUAGAGGAUGACAUGACGAUGGCUUCAGAAUUGAAAUUCCAACCUCUGACCUCUAGCUACAGUCUGGGAAACCCUUGUGCAGUGAAUUUGAUCCAAGAUCGGGACCUAUCAGCAGAAGAAUCCCGUUUUUUAUUCUACCAAUUGCAAUUGCAGAACUCACUGCCGGUCUACGAAACACAAAUGCAAGCGCGGGCCGCAGAUUCAGUAAAAUGUCGAAAUUUCGUGGCAGCAGAUUCUCGAAAAGCUGCAAGGUUUCUGCAACUGGCGACCGAGAAAAUGCAUGAAGGUGGCACACCAUUGAGUAGAGGCUUUAUAGAGCAUCCACUGGACUUGACCGGUACCUCGUACUCUAACAAGGCCACAAGUGCGGGCACAUCAAAUUUGUUUGGCUCGACUACAACCCCACAGAAUCCUUUUGGUCAGCAGCCGUCCAUAGCACCACAACAGGCGCCAUUCGGAAUACCAAGCGCACCACCCGCCACUGGAGCCUUUGGUCAACCAGGUUUCGGAUCGUCAGGCAUAAGUGGGGCAUUUGGACAACCCAAAUUUGGAGCUUCUGGAGCGGGCGCUUUUGGUACUGGCACUGCCAACGCGUUUGGUUCGCCUAGCUCCACUUUUGGUGCCAAGCCGGUCUCGACAGCCUUUGGCUCGGGAGCAGGUGCUUUCGGAAGCAAACCUGCCCCAUCGGGAUUUGGCGCGGGAGCUAAUGCAUUUGGUUCGGGAGCUUCUGCGUUCGGUGGCCAACCUGCAAGUAACCCAGCAUCUAAUUCAGUUUUUGGUGCGCCAGCUUUUGCAUCGGGCAGUAACGGUUCCUCUGCAUUCGGCAAAGCAACCUUUGGAUCCACAUCAGCACCUCAAGCACCUGCUUUUGGGAGCAGUGCUUUUAACCCUGGUUCUGCCGGAUCUCAAGUAUCUUCUUCGCCAUUUGGUGGCUCAGUGUUAGGAAAGCCAACCUUUGGGUCCAACUCUGGUAACUCACCUUUUGCUUCGAUCCAAAAUCCUCAAAGUGCUUCACCAUUUGGUUCUGUGGCCAACCAAACAAACUCUACUACCAGCACAUCACCCUUUGGUAAUCUAAACGCUCAACAAAAUACUACCAAGCCAGCAGACGCCAUCAAACCUUCUGGAUUUGGGCAAACCUUUGGCGCUGGAGGAUUUUCGUCGAAUACCCCUGCAGGAAGUCCUUUUGGCGCGACACCAACCAAUAAUACCAUGGUACAAAAUAUACAACCGCAGAAUAGUUCUUUCUCAAAUCCAUCUAUCAAUCAGCAGCCAUUUGUGCAAGGUGUCGCAGCUCAAGAGGAAUUGUCGGAAGCUGAUCUGCCGAAGGAGGUUUUGGACUAUUUCAAAGCUGAGCGUUUCCAACUUGGAAAAGUUCCUGAUGUAGCACCUCCUGCAGUCCUAAUAAAUUAG